AUGCCUAAUAAACAACUCUUCAGAACUUUAAACUUUGCUAGAUUUUAUGCUGCAACGAGCAAAACACAUGCCCAACACAUUGGACCACCAUAUCUUUAUUUGAAAGCUAAGCAAGACGUUAAAACCAUCGCUGCCUGGGGUACAUUUCUGUUAGUGGCGUUAGGUUGGCCUUCAGUGAUUUAUUAUAGUCGUAGAAGAUAG